CAGUACCCCGUUUCAGCACAUGGUGCAAACAACGCUCAGUAGAUGCCUGUCGAUUACUGUUACGUUUUGCAACGUGAAAGGUGAAAAAUUCACAAAACGAUAACUAUAACUUUUUACCACACGAAACAAAUUUGACAUAAAUGGGUGAUUACUUGGUGUUAAAUCCAGCCCUCGACCAAGAACUUGAAGAUAUUCGAACAAGGAAUGUUCCUGGCCCACCAGAUAUUGGGCAAUGUCUGGAAAACUGGAUGGUGAAGGGUGCCCAUUACACGAUAAAAAAGUUGACAAGUCACAAUCAAAUUGGUUGGGAAAUCCUGCAUGUUAUUGCUCGGUUUGUGGAUGGCACACCUGUAGGAGCCAAUGGAGACUGGAAGCAUCUGGCUGGUCUACUUGGUCUCGACAUUCAUGAUAUAAUAAGAAUUGAAAACUUUUCUACCAUAAAAGGAGCUACUUUAGAAAUCUUGAGUCAAUUUGCUCUUAAAACAAAUGCCAGUGUCUCUGAGUUGCUAAAAGCUCUUCUCACCAUGGAGCGCCAAGACAUUUUGCUUGCAAUAUCUAGCAAGUUAGAAGUGCUGCUAAAUACCUCAGCUACUUCUAAUCACCAAAACACUUCAACACCUGAGCAACUAGGGACAUUACCUUCAAAUCAGCUGACUGACACAGACAGUGAAAUGGAUUCUGGCAUGGAAGUUAGCAUUACAGGAGAAGGUGACCCGGAAAACUUGAAAUCGGUUCCAUUAAGAACCAGUAUCAUAUCGGUGGCGAACCAUAAAGCUUCGGAUGACACGAAUAGCUGUGAUAAAAAGAAACUUAUGAAAACCGUACUGCUAACUUUCACGCAAGAUGGCUAUGAUUUAGCGAAAAACGUUGCCUUUCAAAUCCGCUCCCUAAACCUCGGAAUUGGCGUCCUAAUUCUUGAAGAGAACAGAGAUGAACUUGAAUUUUGUAGCGAAAGUAUCUACCGAUGGUACCAGGAGGUUGAUUACGUCAUUCCCAUCAUUACAAAAGGAUAUUUGUGGGAAAUUGCCCCAAGGACAGCAGGCACGAAUGAGGAUUCCGGUCAAACUGAACCGACGUGCCUAGACGCCCGAUACGCUCGCCUCAUUUAUGUUAUGAUGUUGGAGGAAUAUCAACGAAAUUGUUGUUUAAAUUACAGGGUCCGUCCAAUCGAAUCUGACAUGAUGGGGAAACAAACCCAUUAUCUUCUGCGAAGCCCGAUCUUCAGUUUCCGUAAAACUGUUGAUCAAGUUGGUAAGUUAGCUUCGAUUCUAGCCCAAGCCAAAAGCAGGACGUUAAUCCGUUGAAGGGUCCAGUGUCGAUUAUUCAGAAUCCAAAAUGUCUGCUAUAUUGUUAUACAGAAAUCGAUAGUACCAAAGCAACAUCAAAUUCGUAUUGUAUGCAUAUUUACAGAAUAAUUCUUUUUCAAUUAGGCGCCAAAGAGUAUAUGUAUAAAUAUGUAAAUCAUUGGGGAACACUUUUGAUCACUUUCCGCUCAUACGUUUCUUCUCUUUUUUGGCGAAAUCGCGAGCUACCUUAUCCCAUGUACGGCCUUCCAGUGCAUUCAAAUAUUCAGAUUCUAACAAACAAAACGAUUAUAAUUAUUCAGAAUGGAAACCAAUACAAUACACUUAAUAAAAUGAAUCAAAAUUAAA